AUGUCAUCCUCGCAGCAGUCGCGCCAGUACAGUAUAUUUAAUAAUCACACAGCGAAAAGGCUAGCCACCUUUUUUAUUAGUGGCUUUGAGUUUUUAUUUUUUAAUAAGCAAAAUGGAAGCGUUAAUUCCAGUAAUUAAUAAAUUGCAGGAUGUUUUCAACACAGUAGGUUCCGAUUCAAUACAGUUACCUCAAAUCGUUGUCUUGGGCAGUCAGAGUUCCGGCAAAAGUUCUGUAAUCGAAAGUAUUGUGGGCCGCUCAUUUCUUCCGCGUGGUACUGGAAUCGUAACGAGAAGACCUUUGGUACUUCAAUUAAUCUAUUGCCCACUCGAUGAUAAGGUUCACAGAUCGUCGGAACAAGGAACGGUAAACGUUGAAGAAUGGGGUAACUUUCUUCAUGCAAAGAAUAAGACUUUCACCGAUUUCGAUGAAAUACGCCUCGAAAUCGAAAGAGAAACAGAUCGAAUGGCUGGCAGUAACAAAGGCAUUUGCCCCGAACCGAUAAAUCUGAAAAUUUACUCAACGCAUGUGGUGAAUUUGACGUUGGUUGAUUUGCCGGGAAUGACAAAAGUGCCAGUUGGUGAUCAGCCGGAGGACAUCGAAAAUCAAAUAAAAGAUUUAUUAGUUCGACACAUCGAGAAUCCGAAUUCAAUCAUUUUAGCCGUCACGGCUGCUAAUACGGAUAUGGCCACAAGCGAAAGCUUAAAGUUGGCUAAGGAUGUGGAUCCGGACGGUCGUCGAACAUUGGCUGUUGUAACGAAACUUGAUCUCAUGGAUGCUGGAACGGAUGCCAUUGACAUAUUGUGCGGCAGAGUUAUUCCGGUUAAGCUCGGUAUUAUCGGAGUUGUGAACAGAUCUCAACAGGAUAUCAAAGACAACAAAUCGAUUACGGAUCAACUUAAGGAUGAGGCUGGCUACUUGCAGAGAAAGUAUCCGUCACUGGCCACGCGUAAUGGUACCCAGUAUUUAGCAAAAACAUUAAACAGAUUGCUCAUGCAUCAUAUUCGUGAUUGCUUACCAGAUCUCAAGACAAGAGUCAAUGUGAUGAUAUCGCAGUUCCAAUCGUUACUCAAUUCGUACGGCGAGAAUGUCACGGACAAAAGUCAAACUCUUUUGCAAAUCAUCACAAAAUUCUCCAGUUCGUACUGCGCGACCAUCGAGGGUACUGCUCGUAAUAUCGAAACGACAGAAUUGUGUGGUGGUGCACGGAUAUGCUACAUAUUUCACGAAACUUUUGGAAGAACCUUGGACUCUAUUCAUCCGUUGACUGGCUUAACCAAAAUGGACAUUUUAACCGCAAUUCGAAAUGCUACUGGCCCACGACCGGCUUUAUUUGUUCCGGAAGUGUCAUUCGAGUUGUUGGUGAAGCGGCAGAUUCGCCGUUUAGAGGAACCAUCGCUUCGAUGUGUUGAAUUGAUUCAUGAAGAAAUGCAACGGAUUAUUCAGCAUUGUGGAACAGAGGUUCAACAGGAAAUGUUACGAUUUCCGAAACUUCAUGAGAAAAUCGUCGACGUUGUUACAUCGCUGUUGCGUCGUCGUUUACCAAACACAAACACAAUGGUCGAAAAUAUUGUGGCUAUUGAAUUAGCGUACAUCAACACAAAACAUCCUGAUUUCCAUAAAGAUGCAGCGCUUGUGCCUAGUUUAUUGAAAAAUGACAAUUUAUCGGAACCGUGGAAUCACCAAAACAAUCACCAAAACUCGCAAACAAGAAGACUGGCACAACAGCAAAAUCAGCACUCAUCACACCGUAACCCGUCACCACACGUUAAUCAUAAUAACGUUGAAGAACGAAACGAUAUACAGAAUCACAUUAAUGAUGUGCAAACUGCCACAUCGAAUUGGUUGGCAAAUAUCUUACCGCCAGCUAGAAUGGCAGAGAGUGUGGAAAGUUCAACCAGUAACACACCGACCCACAGUAAUGUCAUGAGUCCAAUGAAACCAGUGAAUCUUCUUCCGGAUGUUCCGCUUAACAACAAUGCCAGAAAAUUGACGGACAAGGAACAAAGAGAUUGCGACGUGAUCGAACGUCUCAUCAAAUCGUAUUUUUACAUUGUACGAAAAUCGAUUCAGGACGCGGUACCGAAGGCUAUUAUGCAUUUCUUGGUAAAUUUCGUUAAGGAUAAUCUUCAAUCGGAAUUGGUGACGCAUUUAUACAAGUCGGAGAAGGCCGAAGAAUUACUCAAUGAAUCCGAUCAUGUGGCCAUUCGACGCAAGGAAGCUUCGGAUAUGUUGAAGGCUCUCACUCGUGCUAACCAUAUAAUUAGUGAAAUUCGUGAAACGCACAUGUGGUAAUUCAGUAAACGUUUUUUCUAUUUUGUAUUUAUUUUCGCGAAAAUCACACACACAAAUUGCGAAAUCAUUUGACUCGUUCAGUGUGUCAAUUUGUAAUUUGCGAUUUGAUUUUUAAAACAAUGCUAAUUGUAAAAUCGCAAGACUUUCAAGAACAAACACACAAAAUAAAAUUUAAAACUAAAAAAAAGAUAAUUAAGAUAACAAUUACACGACAUAUUUACUUAUAUGGAUUGGCUUGUGUAUGAUGAUUUUAAGGAAAAUAUAUUAAUUCUUGCAUUUAUCAGACAACAUUAUUAAACGAGAUGACUUUAGUAGGUUUUAGAGUAAAUAGUAAUAAUGGCACCUUAUAAGUAUAUCUCUAACAUUAAUAUCGCAAUCGGGUUUUCUUUUUGGUUUUCAUUUUGAUUGCUUCAAAAGCAAAGUUUUGACCCAAAAAUAAAUUUGCAUCUCGUACUCGUACCACUUUAAGUAGCAUUUUACCAUUCAGGGUUUUCGUUUUGUACCGUAGAUCAUAGAUACGAAGUUAUGUUUGCAGUUUUAUCAUUGAAACAGAAUAACAAAAAGAGAGAAAAAUCAAAUGAAAAUAUCCAAACUUUUCCCAAUAAUAAUUGGAAUUUUAAAUGAAUUUCGACCUAAAAUCUGUUCAUCACCAAAAUAAUCAAUGUAACAGCCAAUUUGAAACAUUCAUUCAAGAGAUUAUGUUGUUAUUGCAUGAAAUCAACAUAAUCAACUAGAGAUUUAACCGUGAUUUCUGAACAUUUUUUUAUGUGUAAGAAAAACCAAGGAAUUUUACCAUUUACACUCCUCACAUAUUUGAUGCGCAAGAAAUGUAUUAAAAUUUGAUAAAAGUUUGUUUUUGUUAUCGAUGUUGUUGUUAAUUAAAUUUAGUCCUGUGAGAAUAUAAUUAAUUUACCAAAU